AUGCCAGAUCUGGACGAUGCAGCUGUGCCAAGUAACUGUGACCCUCCAAGCCACCGCACAGCUACUCCUGGUGAAGCUCCACCAGCAACUACCAAGACCGCCUCACAGCGGUACCCCCAACGAACAAGGGACAGCGAACGGGACCCACAAUGCGCACCCGAGGGAAACCAGGAGCGAGGUCCAGGCCCCUCUCCGGCGAACCCUCUACGAGCGCUCCCAGCCCGCCUACAUGAUGACCUCGCCACAUCUGCCAACCCUGAGCACUCCGCCGUGUCCACCGAGGGCGAGUUUGGUCCCAAUGACAUGGGUACCGCACCUGGGCACCACCCAUCCUGCAUUGACCCCAUGGCAACCACUCAGCCACAGUGCAGGCCCCGACCUCUUCCAAAUGUGGCACUGGGCGGGUACCAACCGCGGCCCAAGCGGCCGCAAAGGCGGCGGUAUCGGCGUCUUGUGGAGGGCUGGUACCUCCUGGACCAGACUCGAGUGCACGUGCAGCGAACACAUGUGGUCGACCGCGGACACAACGUUGGCAACAUGCACAUCAUGCACUGCAUUAGGGAGGAUGUAAGUCGCUGGGCGACAGGUAAAGAGGUACUGCUGUUAGGUGACUUCAACGGCCACAUCCAGCCCCUGGACGGCUUCCAAGAUCGCAACGGUGAGCUCCUACUACAGACAGCCCAGGAUCUGUCACUGGAGGGGCUCAAUCUCCGACCAGACUGCGAGGGGGAAUUCACAUGGUGCGCUAGGGCCAGCCGCAGCUGCAUUGAUUACGUGUUAGCGUCCCACAAGUUGGCGCAACGAGUUCAGCACGUCCACAUUGACGAAUCGGGGCAGUUUAGCGCCAGCAGUGACAACAAUCGCAUCAAGGUCACCUUCACCGCCUCUAUUUGGCGAUAUCGACGCAGGGAGCAGCGUGAACCAUCCCGACGAUAUCUCCCGGCCUCAGCGUACGAGGCCGUUGCACGGGACUUUGAGAUACGUCUGCAGGUUACGCCGCCAAGGAUCUAUGAACAAUACGUUGGGGAACUGCGGCGCAUCAUGCAUGCCCACGAGAUCCGCUCCAACUCGAGAGGCGGUGUGCGGCGCAACGGCUGGUGGGACGGGGAGGUGAAGGCAGCACUGGACGCACGUAAAGUGGCCAACCGUCAGCACCGUGCCGCGGUGACAGCGGCACUCCCCUCCAACGUGUGCCAAGAUCUGUGGGACCAGUACCUGGCCCACAAGCGCACUAUGCAGCAGGUUGUACAGCGCAAAAUCGCGACACACGACCACGCCCAGCUGAGGUCCAUGACAACUGCGGGGCGCCAAGGAGGCCGGAAGUUCUGGGCGUACGUGUCAACACUCUACCGGAAACCCGCCCCACCGGAGAUCCGAGAUGAGACAACAGAAAGCGGUAACUCGGUCAUAUACGAGUGCAAAUCGCAGGUGUCCCGACUCGCGCUGGACCGCGCGCUUGCUCGGAUAGACUCGCGCACCGCCCAGGGACUGGACGCGAUACCGGCGGGCUUAGUGAAAAACCUGGGGAACAUAGCACGCGACACCCUGGCUCACAUGUUCACUGAGAUUCUGAGCGGGGAGCCAGUUCCAGCUGACUGGCAGUGUGGUCGUGUGUGCCUUAUCCACAAGAAGGGUGGGGACGCUGGCCUCAUACAAGACUACCGACCCAUCACGGUGACCAGUGUGCUAUACCGGCUCUUCACUACGGUGGUAAAGAGCUGGCUGAGGGCCUGGGCGGAGCGAUCGGGUGCCCUGACAGAGCUACAGAACGGCUUCAGAUCAGAUCGUCGCUUGGAAGACAAUCUCUUUACCCUGAGCCAGACCAUUGAUCUGGCCCGGAAGGAAUCGCGGGGUCUGGUCGCAUGCUUCCUCGACGUAGCAAAGGCGUAUGACAGCGUCCCUCACGAGCCGAUGCUGAGCCGAAUGUCGGCCCUGAAUAUGCCACCACCGUUGGUAGACAUGCUGCGGAGACUAUACAAAAACAAUACAGUUGUUGCCUGUCUGGGCGGUGCCCAAUCGCUACCAGUGCCAGUGCGCCGAGGCCUCAAGCAAGGCUGCCCGCUCUCCCCGCUGCUAUACAUGUUGUAUGUUUCGGGGUUGGAGCGAAGCUUGAUCGACUCGAGGCUGGGCUUCCCAUUCCGGUUUCUCAGUGAGGGGCUACCGGACACCUGGAUACUGCCUGGCCUGGCCUUCGCCGACGAUCUGGUGCUCCUGGUGGAAAAUGUCAUCGACCUCCAGCAACUCUUCACCCUGAGCGCCACCCAUCUCGCCCGCCUCGGCCUGUCCUUCAACCCAAAGAAAUCCGCAGUUCUACAGUUCUCUGGCACACCAGAAGAGAACGCGGUGCUCUUACCGGACAACGACAGUAUCCCGUGGGCCAAUGAAUAUCGCUACCUUGGUGUCACCCUCUCUACAUCACCGGAUCUCCUGGGGGCACACGAAGAACACUUGCGACAAGCAUGCCGAAGAGCCAGUGCCGUGCUGCGCCGGCGGUCACUUAGGGGGUGCAACCGCUAUAUACUCGUUCGUGAGCUAUGGAAGCCCGUCCACGUCCCAGCGCUAACCUUUGCCAACGCGGUGGUAUGCAUUUCGGCCGACACCCGAGCGUGGUUGGAGCGCGGGCAGCGCGAAGUGGGACGCGUGGCUCUCGGCUGCCACGGACGCGUGGCCAUUGAGGCCAUUCAGGGCGACUUGGGGUGGUCGUCAUUCCAGGCGCGAGAGGCGAGCAGCAAGGUAGCAUUUGAGGAUCGACUUCGCCAAAUGGAAGACUAG